GGGGGGGUCGUGGUGAGGCGCGUGUGCGCCAUCUGCGAGGGGCAGGACUUGAGGGAUGGGGCUCCAUGGGGCGUGGUUUCGGGGUGCCCCAAUAUAGGGGCUCUGCGGGCGGCCCCCCCGCGGGCCAUGGCGGCUGCGUCGCUGCUGUGCCUGCUGCUGCUGUCGCUGUCGCUGCUGUCGCUGCUGGCGCGGCUGGCGCGGCGCGGCGAGGGGCGCGGCCCGCGCUGGGGCGCGCUGCACCUGCUGCACCCGCAGGGGGCGCUGCACCUGAGCCGGCUGGCGCGCCGGCACGGGCCCGUACUGCGCCUGCGCGCGGGGGGCUGCGAAGUGCUGGUGCCGAGCUCAGUGGCGACCAUCCGCGAGGCGCUGGUCCGGCACUGGGGGGACUGGCUGGGGCGCCCCCCCAGUUAUCUGGGGUCGCUGGUGUCACGGGGGGGCCGGGACCUGGCACUGGGAGGCCCCUGCCCUGGCUGGCGGCGGCAGCGGGGAGCAGUACGGGGGGCACUGGCACGGGCUGGGGGGCGUCUCGGGCCCCUCCUUUGGCUGCAGGGCCGGGAGUUGUGUGAGGAGCUGCGUUCCCAUGGGGAGGCCCCCCUGGACCCCUUUGAGGUGUUCACCUUCCAUACCUGCAGCACCAUCGCACGCCUCCUCUUUGGGGACCUGGUGCCCCCUCCGGGGGAGCUCCGGGCCUUCUCCCGCUGCCUGGGGGAGCUGCUGCAGGUCUGGGGGCACAGCAGUGUCCGGGCGCUUGACGUGCUGCCCCUGCUGCGGGCCCUGCCCAACCCGGGGUUGCGGAAGCUGCUGCGGCUCGUCCGGCACCGUGACGCCUUUGUGGAGGCCCAGAUCCAGCGGCACCAGGCGUGCCCCUCCCCUCCCCCAGACACCGUUUUGGGGGCACUGCUGGGGCGUAGCUCUGCGUCACGGGGGGGCCCCCUGAGCCCCCCCCGGCUGCACAUGGCACUGGUUGACCUGUUCAUCGGGGGCACCGAGACCACAGCGGCUGCUCUGGGCUGGGCUGUGGCCUUCUUGCUGCACCGCCCUGAGCUGCAGGCGCGGCUGCGGGCGGAGCUGGAGGGGGCACAGGCACCACCCGGGCCAGGGGACAUGGGGCGCCUGCCCCUCCUUCAGGCCACCGUCAGCGAGACCCUGCGGCUGCGACCCCCUGCGCCACUGGCGCUGCCCCACUGCGCCCUGCGCCACACCAGUCUUGGGGGGCUCCCCGUGGUGGCCGGCACUGUCCUGGUCCCCAACCUGCUGGCAGCCCAACAGGACCCUGACAUCUGGCAGCACCCUGAGGUCUUCCUGCCCGAGCGGUUCCUGGCCCCGGGCGCCCCGUCGCGGUCGCUGCUGCCGUUCGGCUGCGGGGCGCGAUCGUGCCCGGGGGAGGGCCUGGCGCGGGCCGAGCUCUUCGUGUUCCUGGGGCUGAUCCUGCGGGAAUUCCGUCUGGAGCCGGGCCCGGCGGGACUGCCGGGGCUGAGGGGGUCACCGGGCACGGUGCUGCGCUGCCCCCCCUUUCGUCUGCGUAUGGUGCCCUGCCAGCCCCCGGGCUCACCCUGACCCUGGCCUGACUCCACUUGACCACUUUAUUACUUUUCUGAACACUCUGUGACUCACCUGAGUCUUUUUGACCCUUCCUGAAUACACCUGACUUCACCUGACCCUGUGUGACACUGCCUUAGCCUGGCUGACCGUGACCCCCUGAUUGACCCCACCUGACCUCGGCCUCACCCCUGCCAACCCUAUGUCUCCCCUUGACACCGGCUAUGACCCCAGCUGUGACCCUACCUAACCCCAUCUGACGCUGCUUGAACCCUGCGUGACUCCAUCCCAACUCCCUGGCACCUGAUUCCACCUGAUCCCUGGGUGCCCCCAUUCAGCACCCCGGAUGCCUGGGUCUCCCCCCGAUGCCAGGGCCAAUGCAGUGUGGGAGGGCCCCAUUUACCUCCUCCUAAUAAAAUUUGUAAUUUUGACCUCACCCCGCAAGUCCCGGCUCUUCCUGGGACCCCCUAAACCUCUGUAACGCUCGAAGCCCAGCCUUCCCCCACCCUGACCGGCUACUCUCGGCACCCGCCACAGCCGCAACCCUCGGACAGCAUCAGGGGAUGGCGGUCGGGGUGAUUUGCACUCCCCGCUCCGCAGAGCCGCUCCCUGGGGAGGCUGCGGUGCGAGGCACGGCCGGGCUGCCGCUG